CAGCCGCACGAAAUUCCCGUCGAAGGCAAAAGGGAUCGGCAGCUCAGCAGCUGAUUUGUCCAAUAUACCGUGUAAAUUUACGGCUCAUUUAUUUAUUUAUAUUUAGCCCGUCGUUAUACGUAAACAAAACACUCAUGGCGUCGUUAGAAGUAUGUUCAGGAGAGGAGCGACGUUAGAGCAGUUGAGAUGAGCCAUUAGACCAGCGAAUGCCCGAUAUUACACACUGCUGGGACAUGGAAACUGCUGACAUCAAAGACUAACGUCGUAUAUGAUGAACACCGAUGAUAUUAAUUCUUCACUGUCGGAUGACAUCGAUGAGUUCUGGUGUCCCCAAGUCGGAGGAACUCUGUGCUUUUCUUCUGAUAUAGUGGACUAUUCAGGCGAACAUUUGGUCUCUUCAACAUCAAGGACGAUCCGUUUGUGGUCCAAAACAUCUCAGCCGACGCCACCCAUGGCUUCAUCUGGUGACGCUUCAUUGCGAGCAGGCCCUCAACAGGUGACUUUUGAAAUAGUGUCUGCCAAGACUCAGUUGGAAGGGCGAAAGAAAUUUGUGUGCUACACAGUGCUGGUAAAAAAAGCGCAUGGCCUGGAAAGAAACCCUGGUGUCCUGGAACGGCGGUAUUCAGACUUUCUCGCUCUCAUCACCGGGCUGCAGAGACGACAUCCGACAUGUUCCCUGCGAAACUUUCCCUUUCCACGAAAAGCCUUGAUUGGCAACUUCACUGCAGAAGUGAUCACUGAGCGGAGUCUCGCCUUUCGAAAACUGCUCUCUCAAAUCUACGCUGCUUCUGAGCUGCGUCGCUCUCCAGAAUUCUCAGACUUCACGUGGGGUCGUGAAGUGCGCCGUGCCCAUCGUCUCAUGAUGGCUGGUCAGUUUGAGGAUGCUGCGGUACUUCUUGAGAACGCAUUUUCAGUGCAGGACAAAAUUCUUGGGAGCGAAGACAGAGACACUUUUGCUACACUGGCCAUACUCACUGCAUGCCUUAAUGCAGUAGAUAAUGUGUCAGAUGCGCAGAAGUUCGCAGAAAUUGCUCUAGGGCAGAAGGUGACCCAGCCCUGGAGCAUUUGGGAUAAAGAACAAAGCGAGUUGCAGGUGCCGUUGCUAGUGCUGUCAAUCAGACUUUGGUGGGCUGUCGGCAGGGACAAAAGGGAGUUAGAGGCCAGGUUGAAAGAAGUCAGAGAGGCUGGUAUAGUAGUAGACACCCUGCCUACAUUGUUGGAGCUCAUUCUUAAGAAGGACUGUUCAGCCUUUUAUUCAUAGUGCAGCUCGAUGCGUCAGUGAUGGUCGGUAGCAGAUCAAUACAGCGUUCUAGUAAUAUAUGACAUUAGAAUUUGUGUAAAGCAGCGUUAAUUAAGUUGAACACAGUACAGUGAUGAAGGAAGGUGGCUCUCCAUCUGUAAUAGCAGUAGACAAUGUGAUGUACUUGUGUAAUGCAGCAGUUGAUCUCUGAUGGUAUUGGAUGAUACUGUUAUGUGACGGCUGUAAAAAUAGCGGGCGUUUUUGUAAUAUUUUUACACCAAUGUAGAUACUAAAAUUAAAUAAUACACGUAAUUGUAUCCAGCAUAGCAUUGCUAUAAAAUGUGAACGGGCAUUUUCUGCAGAAUACAUAGAAACAUUUUUGUUUGAGGAAUGCAAUUUGCUGUUCUUUGUACAUAGUACUUGUUUCCACCUAAAGGAAGCUUUUACGAGUCAUGCAUGAGAUGUUGAAAAAAGAAAUGUUGGUGGACAAAGAGACAGUGAUUGUGAAGAAAUGUGUGGGGACAACCAGUUAUGAGUGCUUUUCUGCGUGGUAUGUGGUACCCAUGACAUGAAAACAGGUAAGGUGGCCAUGAUCCUCCAACAAGGAAUGUAAAUGGUUGCAGGAUGUAGACAUAAUUUUACUUCAUGUUUAGUAAGUUAGUUGCAUGUUGCAUGCACUAAAAUGCAGGAGUGUAAUGAAUAAGAGCAUUAUAUUUAAGGGUUGUGCUGCAGGUACCUAUUACGGAGAGAAGCCAAUAGAUUGGUGAUGCGUGUGGUGGUCAGAAGCAGCAAGUCCAUGCCACUUACCCCAUAGUACCUUCAGGUACAGUUCUCCCAUUAGGGUCGUGAGGCAUUUUAGUCUAUCAUAGUACAGUAGCAUUGCUGUAACAUUAGCAUGACAAACUACUCACAUUAAGCAUUUGCCAUCACUGUGAGAUUUAUACCAUGACUUCAUCCACCGGGGGCACACAACAGUCAGUGCUAAAAAAAUGUCACCAUGUUUUUGGUUUGAUUGUCAGCAAUUCUGUUUCAAAAUUAGCGUAUACUUCACGUUGUGUAUUUCUGCAUCCAGGGUUAUGUGCAGGAUCUUCAUUUGGGUGGCGUGUGACAUCCACCUGACUUGGCUACUGGUGGGCAUAAUCCUAAAAGAGAUGUUCAUGUUGGAUUUGCAUCUAACAUCAUAAACAUAAUUUGCAUCUUUCUGAUUAUUUAUGGGGUUGGCACCUACGAAUAUUUUGACGUUGUAGUUUGGUGUAAGGUUAAGUGAAAUAAUUUAAUGUAAUGUACUUAAGUUUUAAUUAUUUGCUAAUUUAGUUAAAGUAAAACAAUUUAAUUAAAAGUAAUGGAAGUAAAGUAAAAUUCUAUGCUCAUGACCUCGCGGACCUCUUCAACGGAGAGAGCCACCCUAAAUUUUUGUUGUGGGGGUGCCAGGAAAACCUGUCAUCUAUCUAAUUUUUGACACUUUCUCUACGCCUGUUGUAUUCCAACUGUUUCUGUGCAGCAUAUUUUUGUGUUUCCACAUACUUAUUGGUAGAAGGCACAUACCCACACUGUCUGGAGCAUACUGCCUUUGUGGAGGCAAAUUCAUAAUAUGGUGCAGGUUCAUCUUGGGGACUUUGUUGGACUGAAGCACAACAAUGAGUCUCAAGUAGUAUAUUGUUCAAAAUUUGCAUAUUACGCUUAGGUAAUUCAUGAAGUGCAGAAAUUCAAAGCAGUAAGUUGGACCAGCAAUAUUGUGUACUUCACGUGUAGUGUAUCUGGUGACACACCCGCCUUAAAACAGCUUCCUUCUGUGGGGACCACCAUGCUGAGCGGACGUGUGCCAAAUUGUGAGAAGCCAUUGGGAGCUUUCCUGGUAAGGUCCAUGGCCAAUUGCCUGGACUUUGUAUGGGUGUUAGCAGCCGGCUUUGCUGGUACCUGUUACGGACACAGUGCUGAUGUGUACAGUUUAUGCACAUCAAUGUGUCUAGGCGUUAAUAUUCAGUAUGUGACUGCAAAAACUAUAAGAAUGCUAUAAUUAUACUUUAGCACAUUCCGUACAGAGUGCAACAGUGUUCACAUAAGUUGUUGAAGUUUGCAUGUGUGUGGUACGAGUUUAUUUCUGAAGCUUACUUUUGCUGUGUAUAUUAUUUUGCUUUUGCCUUGCACUGCCACAAGUAGAAAGAAUGUAAUUGUAUAAAAGUAGUGUUUCAACACUGGCAAAUACACAGUGCACAGCUAGAUUGUGGACAGGAUGUUUAGAGAAUAAAUCAUAUUCACACAUCAUCAUUUGUAGUGGGCUGCUGCUCAUACUCAUACUCAUUUUUUUUCUUUCUCAUGUACCGUUGUUUUAGUAGUUAAACUGCUGUGGAUGAACAUGUUUUGUAUAGAGGCACUUGAUGAAGUAAGACAUGGUAUUGCCAAUGCACAAGUUAGUUGUUUUGUUCUGUAAAUGAGGAUGGCAAAACAGGUACCCUCUGAACCUCCACCAGCAGAGUUGUGUCGCAUCCUCCUGUGAUAUAAAACCGUUUGUGUGCACACACAAAAAAUGACUGCUGUCGUGUAGGAGCAGUACACUAGCAGAAGUUGAACAACAUGGGGGAGAGGGGAAAUUAGAAGAAGCAAAACAAAAGUCAAUGGCUGGCACCAGAACUAUGGAUAUAGGACUUGAUGUAUUUGUGACCCUGUAAUAGCUUUCACAUUUUUGCUGUUUCAUUGUACUUUUGUUGCAAGCAAAGUGCAGUGCAUACAGGGUGUCUUCACCUGAUGUGUAAAAAAAUUUACAGUUAAAAACUAUGUGUAUAAAGCAUAUGGGAUCUGUGCUAGUUACUGUUCAGAAGUCUGUUGCCACAUACAGAAAGUAAUGAUAUCUAAUUUGAAUUGCAAGUGACUAAAUUUUCUGAAUUGAACUCUAAGGUAUGCGAAGUUAAAGUGUCCUUCUUUGUUUCUUUGCCAGAAUCAGGAAGUGCAUUGCGGAUCCACUCCAAUCCAUCCCGAAAUACUCUACUAAGUGCAAUGGUUACAGCUGGAAUGGGUGCGUAAAUCAUUGCUUCGAGAAGUGCAAUUGCUAGGCCACGCUCGGUUCUUCAUCAGGUCACUGCAAGAAGUGAUGGAAGAAAGAGCACGGCCCCUACUCUUCACAUUUCCUUCUCACUGCUGGUACAGAUACCGGUAGCUGUGUAUUCUUGCUGCUGUUAUCAGUGGAAGUGUUCAGAAAGAAACUAGAGAGUUGGCACCCCUUCUUGCACUUAAGAAGAGCAAAUCCGCAAUGUACUUCCCGAUUCUGGCAGGAAAGAAAACAGUUACAUUAACUCUGUAAGUCUCGGAGUUCAAUCUAAAUGCAAUUACACUUCUUUGACGGGACACUCUGGCUUGAUAGGGAAGACGCACUGUAUAAUGGCAGCCACACAUUAUCACUGAAACAUUAUGGUUAUAGAUUAUGCACAUAAAGUGAUGCCCUAUAGCUGUGGUACUAGUGUUGAUACAAACAUGGAGUUUUGUUCCAGCUACGUAAUCCUCCUGUGGACAUAUGCUGAUCUGAUCUUUUGCUAUGCUGAGCACUAUUAAUUUGUAGACCAAAGAUCUGGUUGCUUUAUUUUGUUCGAUUGUGAUUGUGAUACAAAAUAGUCUUUUAACUGCUUGUUAGAGUGCAUUUAUAAGGAUUCCUACUUAUUCUAUUACAAGCAGCACUUGCAUUGUAGCAUACACUGCUGGUGCGCCUGUGUAGUUCAGAGUUCCUAUGUUCUUCUAGAAUUAUCAGUAAGCUUAUUGUGUGUAAUGAUGACCACUAAAUAAAUAUGUAUGCCUGUAU